AUGGCCGUCACCGUUCCGCGCCCCAGUGACCAUGUCUUCAACUUCUGCGCCCCAGCACUCCAGGCGGCGCUAGCACGCCGCAUCACCUGCGAUCCGGGUUCUUCCUCACGGGCGAUUUGGGGCGACCUCCUGCGCCUCCCUCCACAUCCACCGAGCCGGUUCUUCCUCACCGGCGAUUUGGCGGCGACCUUUUGCGCCCCACAUCCACCAAUCCCCCCGCGGCGACCUCCUGCGCCUCCUCCACCAGCGAUUUGGCGGCGACCUCCUGCGCCCCCACAUCCACCGCGCGCUCACGACCUCUCCCCGCCGUCACGCCGGACUCCGGCGUCCCCGCCGCGCCUCCUCGCCCAUUUCGCAUUGGCCCUCAACGUGCAAGAUCCCGUGCGCUGCGGCCAAGGUCAAGGUGUCAUGUAUCGUAGCAACGACAUGCAACAAGUUUGGAGAUCCCUAAAAGAGGUGGAAGAGCUGGUUAGCAAACAGAAGGUGACUGAUACAUCACAAUUGUGAAGGACGUCCAAGAGCAAUGCAGAUGCCUUUACUUCUGGCCCUCUGCGUCAAGAACAACUUUAUUUUUAAUUUGCUUUCUAAACUGUAAUGAAUUCUAGCUAUGUCAGUUGCAAUCUUUAGUUGUAAUUUUGGGAUAUGCUAUUUAAUUUUGGGAGUUGCAAUCUUCAGCUAGCACUAUUAUUGAAAACUGGAAGUAUACUGGUUUUGCUUUGUUUCAAGCGUCUCUAUAGAGAUGGUUAAAUCUAUGCUGGUUUAAUUUUGGUA